AUGACGGACGUGCAGUUAAGCGAGCCGAGCAAGUGGCACCGUGGAGGUUUCUUGUCCUCCCUGAACAGAAGUUUUCGUUUGGCGAGUGGAAAGUCUAGAAGUGCCAACAGCUCCCCAGUUGAAAAUAAAUCUAUAGAAAAGAUGUUGGAAAUGAAUAGCACAGGUCUGAACACGUCGAACGAAGGCGCGUCGGCGCUGAAGCCGCUCGAGAUCGUCGCUCCGAGGAUUGACACCUACAGGUUCUCGAUGGCCAACCUCGAGGAGACGCAGGAUGCAGACCUCGACGCCAUCUUGGGGGAACUAUGCGCCCUGGACUCCGAAUACGACGAAGAGAUAUCAAGAGUUUCUUCCGUAUACUCCUCAACUUCUAAGGAAAGGGAUGGCGAGGGAUGCUCUCAGAGGCCGGAGUGCAUCAAGGAGUGCAGUGAUGUCGCGUCAGGCAUCACCCGCACCGAUUCCCCUGAUAAUGAUUCCGCUUUUAGUGAUACCGUAUCAAUGCUUUCGAGCGAGUCCUCCGCUUCGAGUAGCGCAAGUGCGAAAUGCAAAGCUUUAAAAUUAAACCUUCAUCAAAACCAAAAGGACGCAAGUUUCCAGCAAAAGGCCGACAAGAUUAAACUAGCGCUGGAACGCAUGCGUGAGGCUAACGUUAAGAAAUUAUUUAUUAAAGCAUUCUCUAUGGAUGGUUCGUCAAAGAGUCUGUUAGUUGACGAGAAGAUGACCUGCGGCUACGUGGCGAGGCUGCUUGCCGAUAAGAACCAUGUCACUAUGGAACCCAAAUGGGCCAUAGUUGAACAUCUGCCUGAUUUACACAUGGAACGCGUAUACGAAGACCACGAGAUGUUAGUCGACAAUUUGAUGUUAUGGACGAGGGAAUCCAAGAAUAAGAUCCUUUUUGCCGAACGGCCCGAUAAGAUAUCACUUUUCCAGACUCCUGAAAAGUUCCUUUUAUCUGAGGACGAUAGAGGGUGGUCUAGCGAGCACGAUGAGCAUUCAAGACAAGUAAUCAUUGAAGAAUUCUUCGGCCAAAGCGGCGGAACCACCAGCUCGGUGCCGUCCAUAUCCGGACACCCGGUGCCGCCUAUGGAAGGACCUCUCUAUUUAAAGAGCGACGCCAAACGGGGCUGGAAGAAAUUCCACUUCGUACUUCGACCUUCUGGGUUGUACUACUCGCCUAAAGACAAGGUUAAGACGCUGAAGGAGCUGGUUUGCUUGGCGACGUUCGACACCAACGAGGUCUACAUCGGCCUAAACUGGAAGAAGAAGUACAAGUCGCCGACUGACUUCUGCUUCGCGAUCAAACACCCGAGGCUCCAGCAACCAAAGAGCGUUAAGUUUAUAAAGUUCCUCUGCGCUGACGACCAACGCACCUUGGAGAGAUGGGUGACUGCAAUGCGAAUAGCAAAGCACGGAAGGCAACUAUUGGAAAACCAUCGAACACUAGUCGAAGAGCUUACGCAGGAAGAUCUAGAUCAUCUUGCACAUGCGCGCUCUUGCUCAAUAACAUCAAUUCCAACCAAAACCAACAUAAACGUAGGAGUCGGCAUCAACAGCCCCGCCCAGUCCACCUCCAGCAACGUCAGUGUUGCCAACUCGGAUAUAAGCAGUGGACGGCACUCGCGGGCCUCUUCGUCCAGCUCCAGUGGCUGCCUCUCCGAUGGAGGGACGGCCUCGGAAAGUGCUUUCGACUGCGAGUUCCCUAUGGGAACGAUAAAGCGCAAGCCGUCCAUGAAGCCGAACAUCCCGCUGACUUGGAUGACGCGCCAGCUCAAGGAGAUGGUGGAGAAAGGCGACGGCGAUGACGGCGCCGGCGACUGCGCCACGCUCACGCGCCGCCCGCGUGCUCAGAGGACCGACGACUCUACGCUCAAGCGACACCACACGCUUGAAUCAAACGACAGUGUCGUGUACGGCUCGACCACCGGCAGCACGCUCAGCACCGCCAGCAGCCCCACUCGCCUCGAGCCCCCGUCGCCCUCCUACGGCCUCUACGAGACCAUCAACCGCGACCCCAUCUACCGCACCAGCGCCGACACCAGCUCCGCGCUCUACGGCUACACCACGAUAUACGACAAAGUGCAGAGGCCCCCCGAAAUUCCCCCAGUCGAAGAUUUACCUCUACCCCCACCCCCCAGCGAGGACAUUCCCGAUGGAAUGUUCAGCUCCACGCUCAGCCUGGACUCCCUGCCGCCUCCGCCGCCGCCCCUCGAACCGAUGGAAGAUCUCUGCGGCUCGCAACUCAGCCUUCCCCCUCCCCCUCCUGAGCAUGCUAUGGAAGCUAACACUGGCCGCGUUCACGAUAUCGUAAACCAACUGACCGCCCAGCAAAUAGAACAGGCGGCGCGCGCGGGGCAGUCCCGAACGAAUCGCAAUUCCGACGGGAGCCGCACGUUCCCGCGCCAGCCAUCCUUGGACAGCGUGCACUCCGAAGCUUCGCGAACCUCGUCUCUUCACUCUGACAAGAGUAUUUAUGGCCAAAACGCUGCCGCUUUCGGCGCUUGCCUAGUCGAACUGCAAACUAAAAAGAUCAGCAACGGAAGCCCGUCCAUUCAAAAGAAACUGACGAAUGAGCCCGCCAAGGAACGCACCGGAUCGAUAAAGAAAGUCAAUUUUGCGGACGAUCUUCCGACAAAUUCUGACAGUAGCAAGAAAAAUAAGAAAAUAACUUUCAACCUCUCGGACCCUGCCCCACCUUCGCCCCGCAAGCCACCGCCGCCCAAGCGAAACGAGAGCACGCGUCUUUCUUCGCCGAAAAAGUUGGCCGAUUCGAGCAGCAAUCCGCCUAAGGACUUUCUGAAAGACUUGCAGAGAGUGAUGCGGAAGAAGUGGCAGGUGGCGCAGAAGUGCAAGCUGGAGCCGGCGACGACGCCGCACGAGGUGCUCGGGUUCCGCGAGUACCCGCUGUCGCAGGACUACAAGGAGACGAGCGUGUCGAUGUGGAUCCAGGAGCACUACGGCGGGGGCGUGGAGGACCCGUUCUACGAGAACGUGUUCGGGCGCGAGCAGCCGCCGCGGCGCGAGGAGCCCCAGCCGAUCAAGAAGCGGCCGCCGCCCGCGCCGCCGCGCCGCAGCGACUCCACGCACCUCAGCUCGCACGCGCACGCGCCGCCCGCGCCCGCGCAGCCCACCGUGUGA